AUGGAUAGUGAGAAGCAUGCUGGGCUUCAAGCUUUGGAAUUGAAAUUAAAGAAAGACCUUGCUUUAGUGUUAGACCAAGAAGAGAUUAUGUGGUUUCAAAAAUCCAGGGAACAUUGGAUUAUAGAUGGGGACAGGAAUACUGCAUUUUUUCAUGCUAGUGCGGUAUUAAAGGGUUCGAAAAAGCACAUUUCUAGAUUAAAAGAUAGUAACAGUAGUUGGGUAUCUGAUCAAAGGAGGCUUUUACAUAUGGCUAUGGAAUUUUAUCAAAAUUUAUAUACAGUUGAUUCUAUUGUCGCUGGUUUGGCGUCUCUACCUCCGGGAUUUCCUGUUAUUUCUUUUUCAGAUUUGGAGUUUAUUUCUAAUCCAUUUACAGCUAAAGAAGUUAAGUCAGCUUCAUGGGAUAUGGAUUCUUACAAAGCCCCUGGUCCUGAUGGUUUUCAAGCAGUCUUUUUUCAGAAGUCUUGGGCAAUUCUUGGUGCUGAUUUGAUUAAUAUGGCUCUUUCUUUUCUUAAUGGUGGUGCUUUACCAGUAGGUGCCUGUGAUAUCCUUAUUACUUUGCUCCCUAAGGUGGAGGUUCUUGAGUCUAUUUCACAAUUUCGUCCAGUAAGUCUAUGCAACAUGAGCUUUAAAGAGAUUGCUCAUUCCAUGCACCAUUGUUCGGGUCAGAAGGGUUGGAUGGCGAUUAAGGUAGACUUAGAGAAGGCAUAUGAUAGGCGGCGUUGGGAGUUAUUACUCGCCAUUAUGCAAGAAGUAGGGUUCCCAAAGCUAUGGCAGAACUUGAUUUUCAAUGAGGCGGUUUCUUCUAAUGCUUGGCAUCUGUUUAUGCAUUCCCGUCGUGGUCCUGCUAUUUCACAUCUCUUUUUUGCAGAUGAUUUGUUACUUUUUGUUGAAGCUUCAUUAGACCAGAUGAGGGUUAUUAUGGAUUGUUUAAACCUUUUUUGCUCUACAUCUGGUCAACAUGUUAAUGUGGCUAAAUCUAGUGUUUGGUUUUCUUCCAAUGCGGAUGUGGACCUACAGCAGAAUAUUAGCAAGGUGGUUAAGGCCUCUUUUGAUGUUUUAUUGUCGCGUUUAGAAGAGCAAUUAGCUGGUUGGAAGAUAAGAUAUUUAUCGUUGGGUAAUGUUGGUGAUCACCAUCGUGUUCCUAUUGUGAAAUGGGAAACUGUUACUAAGCCUAUGGAUCAAGGGGGUUUGGGUGUGAGGACUUGUCGUAUAAUGAAUGAUGCUUUUCUAAUGAAAUUGGGUUGGAAGCUGCUUUCAGAUGAUGGUGCUUUAUGGUGUUCUGUUUUAAGAAAUAAGUAUAUGGCUGGAUUACAUGGACUUAAUCAUAUGGUUUCGCGAACUACUUCUUCGAAUUUAUGGAAGGGUAUCCUUUAUUCUGUGGAGGCUUUACGAGCUGGUUCUUUCCGAGUAGUUGUGUCUGGGAUGUUUACUGAUUUUUGGAAUGAUGAUUGGGUGGGUAUUGGUCCAUUGUUUCAAAAUGCUCAGACUGUGGUUCCUAACCAUCUUCUUUCCCUCUCUGUUUCUCAUUUUUGGGAUUUUAAUGGGCGGCGUUGGGAGCUUAUUAGGCCGUAUCUUGAUGAGCAGAUUUGUUUAAUGAUAGAGGCUGUGCAUUUGCAAUCUAAUGUUCAAUCUAUGGAUGUUUAUGCUCGGAAGGCUACUCCUAAUGAUUGCUUUAGUGUCAAAUCAGCUUAUCGUUCAAUUGGUGGGUUUGUGUCUGCUGCUGCUAAUUCUAAAUGUGUUAUGGAAUGUUAA